GUCGGCACGACGGUACUUGGACUUGGCUAUUCCCAACGCCACCCCGCAACCGCAACGUCUCUCUAGCGUCUAGCCUCUGCCUGCGCUCCCACACCAGAACACCACACCGCUCCGCGUGCGUCGCCCGCACUCCUCGCCUCUGCCCGUCUGCCUACCGUGCCGUGCCGUGCCGUGCUCCCCACCCGAUGCAGCCGCCGACGCGGGCCGUGCCGAGCCACAGCCGGAGAUGAGCUCCAGGAACCGUUCCGCCGCCGCCUCGUCCGCUGCCCCGGCUCUCCGGACACCGCGCCGCCUGAAGCGGCGGCCAGUUAAGGCGUCGGCGCCGGGGCCGGGCAGCGGGCGGCGGAGCGGGCCCGCGACGCCGCUGCUGAAAUGGGACGUCGGUGGCGGCGGCGGGCGCGGUGAGGGGAGGAAGGCUGGCGCCGACGAAGCGGGGGACGCCGCGCGGGCGCGGGAGACCAAGGCGAAGGCGACGGAGGUGUCGGUGCGGAGGCUCGCGGCCGGGGUUUGGCGGCUGCGCCCGCCGGAGGCCGUGGCCGGCGGCGGGAGCGGGGUCCGCGUGGGCGUCGAGCAUAUCCCAAGGCAUCUACAAGUCCAGCUUCUGAAGCAGAACACUUCAGGUCAUCACCAGAGUUCGAAGAAUGAGGUUUCAAGCCCCAUAUCUGUUUUGGAGCGGAAGAGUGGAGAGCUCCACAAGGGACAACUUCAUGCUACUUCUGCUAUGCUGCCUGUCGCUACCAUGGAGAAGGCAACGAAAUGGGAGCCUGGGGACAUAAAGGGAAUGGAAUCGCAUGAUGCGUAUCUGAUAGCCAGCCAGCUGAAUCUUCUUGAUGAACACAGAGACACCGCGUAUGUUGCUGACCUCCAGAUGGAGCUUCAGCAAGCACGUGAUAGGAUAAGUGCGAUGGAAACUGAGCGACGGUCAGCUAAGAAGAGGCUUGACCACUUGUUCAAGAAACUUGCGGAGGAGAAAGCGGCUUGGAGGAACAGAGAGCAUGAAAAGGUGCGUGCUAUCCUCGAAGAUAUGAAGGCAGACCUUGACCACGAGAAGAAAAACCGGAGGCGGCUGGAGAUGAUUAACAUGAAACUCGUCAACGAGCUGAAGGAGGCCAAGAUGUCAGCAAAACAGCUGUUACAAGAGUAUGAGACAGAGAGGAAAGCACGUGAGCUCACUGAGGAGGUGUGCAACGAGCUAGCAAGAGAGGUGGAUGAAGACAAAGCUGAGAUCGAGGCCCUGAAACGGGACUCCCAGAGGUUGCGAGAGGAGGUAGACGAGGAGCGGAAGAUGCUGCAGAUGGCGGAGGUGUGGCGUGAAGAACGGGUGCAGAUGAAGCUUGUUGAUGCAAAACUUACUCUCGACGCAAAAUACACACAGCUGAGCAAACUGCAACAGGAUGUUGAGGCGUUUAUUGCUGCAUGCAGUACUGCUAAUGGAGACGUCACGGUAGUAGAGCAAGCAGAGAGCAUAAUACAGGCAAUCAAGUCAGUCAGAGCCCAAGAUGCUGAGUUCAGGUACGAGCCACCGGCCGCAUCAGAAGACAUAUUUUCCAUUUUUGAAGAGCUGCGUCCAAGUGAGGAGCCUGUCAUCAAGGAGAUCGAGCCAUGUUACAAGAAUAGCUCUGCCAAAUGUGAACCAGAAAUUCAAGAGGUUAGCCCAAUGACCGAUAUAUUCCUCGAAAAGAAAGCCAAGGCAAACUCGAACAAAAGCCCUAAAGAUGAAAGCGACACUGAAGAUGGCAGCAGCUGGGAGACAAUAAGCCACGAAGAUGUCCAGGGUUCAAGCGGUUCACCUGAUGGAAGCGAGCCUUCGGUCAGCAACAAGGUCUGCGACGGAAGCAUUCCUUGGAAGAGCAGAAAUGGAUUCGAGCGUAUGGAGAGUGAGAAGCUGAAGGAUGAGUCAGCUGAUGCCUGCCUGACAAACAUGAACCAGCCCAAGAAGAAAGAAUCGGCCAUUUCAAAGCUCUGGAAGUCGUCCCGCCCAAAGAACAGCGAGAUAUGCAAGAAAGACGCAGUUGAAACGGUAAAUGCAAGAUCGUCAAACGUGCGGCUCUCAGUCGGGACCUAUUCCACUGUUGAAAGUGGCAUCCAAGAAAUAGGGCUCAGUCCACCGUGUGUUGAGCAGUGGAGCUCACCAGACUCGAUGAACGUCCAAUUCAACCGGGGAUUCAAGGGCUGUAUAGAGUACCCGCGGAUGUCCCAGAAGCACAGCUUGAAGGCGAAGCUCAUGGAGGCACGGUUGGAGAGCCAUAAGGUCCAGCUCCGCCAGGUGCUCAAGCAGAAGAUCUAGUGCAGGCCAGAACCAGAAGGCGAAACAUUGUAAACCUAGCAUUCAAUCCAAGGAAUAAUGUAAAGGAGUACCUAGAUGCUUCGUUUUUCAUGUUUUAGAGUAACCUGUAUUGCAUGUACAACAAGGACUAGAAAAAAAAAGGACAGGGCUGGUCUUUGAGGUCUAUCUGGAGCCUUUUUCUGCUUCUGUAUCUCACUUUAGCUUUGGUGUUAUUGUUUGAUCUGAUAGGCUAUGGUGAGAUCCAUCAUGAUGUAUAAUACAGACAUAAACAAGUAGCAACGUUGAGACAAAUUGCAUACCUUUGUAUGCAGUUUCCCUAUGUUUUUCU